GAAGGAAGGAAACAGGUGUUAACCCUUCCGCAGCCGCGCUCCGCUUAAGAGCCGCCGCCCAAGAGCCGCCGGCCAGUUUUGCCCGGGACUUGGCAGGCGAAGAGCGAGCGCUGCGCCUCCGCGUUGUCUGCGCGCCGUCCCCUCCAGGCUCGCCAAGAGUUAACGCGGGAGAGCCGCGUAAGGAAGGGGGAGGGCGGGGAAGCGCGACAAUAAUAGGAAACUGCGAAGGGGUGGACGCCACUUUACAAAAAAGAAAGGGGGAAAAAAGGAAACGUUUUUCCAUGAGCUGCCCGGCUUUUCUUCUUCUUCUUCUUCUGCAAAGGAGGCGGCCGGCGGGACGCGCGCUAUGCGAAGCGCAGCCGCCUCCGGAGAGAUCCGCGUCCUGCCCGAACGAGGACUGUGGUUACUGAGGUUACCCAGAAGGAGCUAGACGUUGGAAGCCGCAGACGUUUGGACCUUGAAGCCCGGGGCAGCUGCUGAACUACCUGCUCCACAUCGCCUCUUGGUGGCCGUCUGGAGGACUGCAACUCAGGCUGGCACCAUGGACUCCACCAAGGACCCCCACGUGAAGGCCUUCGGUGGAGUCAGCGACUAUCUCAACUAUGAGAUCAUCAUAGAACAUUACAACUUCACGGGGAAGCUAAAUGAAAAUGCGGACACUGGGAUCAAAGCAAGUUCUGCGGUCUUCAUCAUCAUCUGUUGCUUCAUCAUCCUGGAGAACAUCUUUGUCCUUCUGACCAUCUGGAAAACAAAGAAGUUCCACAGGCCUAUGUACUAUUUCAUUGGCAACUUGGCACUCUCUGACUUACUGGCUGGGGUGGCUUAUGUCGCCAACCUCUUACUGUCCGGACACAAGACCUACACCCUCACCCCUGCCCAGUGGUUUCUUAGGGAAGGGAGCAUGUUUGUGGCGUUGUCCGCCUCUGUGUUUAGCCUCCUGGCCAUUGCCAUUGAGAGAUACAUUACAAUGUUGAAGAUGAAGCUUCACAACAGCAGCAACAGUUCCCGUUCUUUCCUGUUGAUCAGUGCUUGCUGGGUCAUCUCUGUGAUCUUAGGAGGUCUCCCCAUUAUGGGCUGGAACUGCAUCCAACGUCUACAAAGCUGUUCCACCGUGUUGCCCCUCUACCACAAGCAUUAUAUCCUCUUCUGCACCACGGUGUUCACGGGCCUCUUGUUGGCUAUCGUGGUUCUUUACUGCAGGAUCUACAUCUUGGUAAGGACGAGGAGCCGUCGGCUGACCUUCCGGAAGAACAUGGCCAAAGCCACCAGGAGCUCCGAGAAGUCUCUAGCUCUGCUCAAGACAGUGAUCAUUGUUUUAAGUGUGUUCAUUAUCUGCUGGUCCCCUUUGUUCAUCCUCCUCUUACUGGACGUGCGGUGCAAAGUCCGGACUUGCCCAGUUCUCCUCAAGGCCGAAUAUUUCUUAGUACUGGCGGUUCUCAACUCGGCUACGAACCCGAUCAUCUACACGCUAACGAACAAGGAGAUGCGGAGGGCUUUUGUCAAGAUUAUGUCAUGCUGCAAAUGUCCCACCGCAGACUCCGGGACCAAAUUCAAGAGGCCCAUCAUUGGGGGGAUUGAGUUCAGCCGAAGCAGGUCCGACAACUCCUCCCACCCGCAGAAAGACGAGGGCGACACUCCAGAAACUAUUGUGUCUUCGGGUAAUGUCACCUCGUCAUCGUAGGAGCUCUCGAAUGGAGGAGGCAUGGGCCCGCCGGAGGCCGACGCGUGGAACAGUUCUGAUCACUUGUCUCCCGCCAAGAUGAGGGAAAGGAUAGGCUCGAAGGGGAGUUGUGUGGCACUUGCGAGGGGAGGCACGGGGACAGAUUGUGUGACUUGAAAACAUUUCCUCCCUGGAAGUUUGUUGUGUUUCGUUUGGGUUUGCAACAAGGCCACCUAGGGUUGCUGGAAGUGUUUGUGCCCUAUAUAACUCCGAAGACUGAAAACUUGGUAAAAUGACACCUGUUGAAUGAGAGUGGGUGGGGGUGGAAAAUACUAUUUUCCUCUCAAGAAAAAUGUGAACCUAUAAAAUAAAGAGCUUACUGGGUU